CAGAGCUGGAUUUUUUAGUGUGACUUCGCGGUUGGGGCUAGAGCAUUUCGGAAACAAAUUUCCCCAUCGGAAUGGAGUGCCAAUCGCGGCAAACGGAGACAGACUCUAGCACAACAAGCAUACAAACCAUGAGCGGACAAGCGGACAUUGCACUCAUCGGACUGGCCGUCAUGGGCCAGAACCUGAUCCUCAACAUGGAUGAGAAGGGGUUCGUGGUGUGUGCCUAUAACCGCACGGUGGCCAAGGUCAAGGAGUUUUUGGCCAACGAGGCCAAAGGAACAAACGUGAUUGGCGCCGACUCGCUCAAGGACAUGGUCUCCAAGCUGAAAACCCCCCGCAAGGUCAUGCUGCUGGUCAAGGCCGGUAGUGCUGUGGACGACUUCAUCCAGCAGCUGGUGCCACUGCUGUCCGCCGGCGACGUGAUCAUCGAUGGCGGCAACUCCGAGUACCAGGACACGUCCCGCCGCUGCGACGAGCUGGCCAAGCUGGGCCUGCUCUACGUCGGCUCCGGCGUGAGUGGCGGCGAGGAGGGCGCCCGCCACGGACCCUCGCUGAUGCCCGGGGGCCACGAGGCGGCCUGGCCCCUCAUCCGACCCAUCUUCCAGGCGAUCUGCGCCAAGGCCGACGGCGAGCCCUGCUGCGAGUGGGUGGGCGACGGGGGCGCCGGCCACUUCGUCAAGAUGGUGCACAACGGCAUCGAGUACGGCGACAUGCAGCUGAUCUGCGAGGCCUACCACAUCAUGCAGAGCCUGGGCCUGACCGCCGACCAGAUGGCCGCCGAGUUCGGCAAGUGGAACGCCGCCGAGCUGGACUCCUUCCUCAUCGAGAUCACGCGCGACAUCCUCAAGUACAAGGACGCGAAGGGGCACCUGCUGGAGCGGAUCCGCGACACCGCCGGCCAGAAGGGCACCGGCAAGUGGACUGCCAUCGCCGCCCUGCAGUACGGAGUGCCCGUCACGCUGAUCGGCGAGGCUGUCUUCUCGCGCUGCCUGUCCGCCCUCAAGGACGAGCGCGUCCGAGCCAGCGGCUCGCUAAAGGGACCGUCGACCAAGGCGCAGGUGGCCAACCUGACCAAGUUCCUCGACGACAUCAAGCACGCCCUGUACUGCGCCAAGAUCGUGUCCUACGCCCAGGGCUUCAUGCUGAUGCGCGAGGCGGCCAGCGAGAACAAGUGGCGGCUCAACUACGGCGGCAUCGCGCUGAUGUGGCGCGGCGGCUGCAUCAUCCGCAGCGUCUUCCUGGGCAACAUCAAGGACGCGUACACCGCGCAGCCGCAGCUCUCGAACCUGCUGCUCGACGACUUCUUCAGGCAGGCCAUCGAGCGCGGCCAGGACUCGUGGCGCGAGGUGGUGGCCAACGCCUUCCGCUGGGGCAUCCCCGUGCCGGCCCUGUCCACCGCGCUCAGCUUCUACGACGGCUACCGGACGGCCAAGCUGCCCGCCAACCUGCUGCAGGCCCAGCGGGACUACUUCGGGGCCCACACCUACGAGCUGCUCGGCCAGGAGGGCCAGUUCCACCACACAAACUGGACGGGCACCGGCGGCAACGUGUCCGCCAGCACCUACCAGGCGUAGGUGGCCCACUUCCCACUUCCCCUGUCUUCUAUCUUCUGUCCCCUGUCCACUCCGCUCUUCCGCCCACAUUCCAUGUCAGAGGCGCCGGUGUCUUAGAUUUUUUUUUUUCCUGAGUACUUAGUACCUAAUCAUAACAUUAAUAUAUAUGUACGUAUAUAUAAUUUCAUAUUUGUUGUUAAACAUAACAUUAAAUUGGUGUUCUUGCUAGCAAA